GCCCAAGAUGGCCGACUUCGAGGAUUGGGUGUCGGAUGAAGAGAAGGUACGCAUAGCUGCUAAAUUCAUCACUCAUGCACCCCCAGGGGAAUUUAAUGAAGUAUUCAACGAUGUUCGGCUACUACUUAAUAAUGACAAUCUCCUCAGGGAAGGGGUGGCACAUGCAUUUGCCCAGUAUAAUAUGGAUCAGUUCACACCUGUGAAGAUAGAAGGAUAUGAAGAUCAGGUCUUAAUUACAGAACAUGGUGACCUGGGGAAUAGCAGAUUUAUAGAUCCCAGAAACAAAAUUUCCUUCAAGUUUGAUCACCUAUGAAAAGAAGCAAGUGACCCCCAGCCAGAGGAAGUAGAUGGAGGUCUGAAGUCUUGGCGAGAAUCUUGUGACAGCGCUUUAAGGGCCUAUGUGAAAGAUCAUUAUUCCAACGGCUUCUGUACUGUUUAUGCUAAAACUAUAGAUGGGCAACAGACCAUUAUUGCGUGUAUUGAAAGCCACCAGUUUCAGCCUAAAAACUUCUGGAAUGGUCGCUGGAGAUCAGAAUGGAAGUUCACCAUCACACCACCUACAGCCCACGUGGUUGGAGUACUUAAGAUUCAGGUACACUAUUAUGAAGAUGGCAAUGUUCAACUGGUUAGUCAUAAAGAUGUACAGGAUUCGGUAACUGUUUCGAAUGAAGUCCAAACUGCCAAGGAGUUUAUUAAAAUCAUAGAACAUUCAGAAAAUGAAUAUCAGACAGCAAUUAGUGAAAAUUAUCAAACAAUGUCAGACACCACAUUCAAGGCCUUGCGCCGGCAGCUUCCAGUCACCCGCACCAAAAUCGACUGGAACAAGAUACUCAGCUACAAGGUUGGCAAAGAAAUGCAGAAUGCUUAAAGGCUGAAUGCAGGAUUCUUCAGUAUG